AUGUCGUCAUACAAACCAGGGAAUUCCAAACGUGAAGAGUUUCGAAAGUACUUGGAGAAGUCAGGGGUAAUUGAUGCAUUAACAAAGGUGCUGGUUGGAUUAUACGAAGAAUCAGAAAAACCUGACAAUGCUUUAGAAUUUAUGAAGAAACAUUUACAAGCUGAAGGUCCAGAACCUUCGGAUGUUGAAGCAAUGAAGCUAGAGAUUGCAGAAUUGAAACAAAAACUUGAAUUACUGGAAAGUGAAAAUGCAGAGCUGAAACGAAGCUUAAAUCAUCAUCAACAACAGCUGACUCCUGCAACUGGAACAAAUGAUGGGAAUACAACGAAUUAG